UCGAUGUAGUACAUUUUGUCAAUUUUUGUCGGAAUUCGUGGUGUUUUUCGUUAAUGUAUUUCGUAAUGAUUCGGCAAACAAAAAGUGUAGUUUAAUUUGUCGAUUCUUCGGUUUUACCGGUGUUGUAGCUUCCUUCACUUGAUGGAUAAAUAAACAAUUUCGUUUUAUUGUAGGAUAUCUACAUUAUCCUACGCGAGUUGUGUUAGGUUAUGUUAUGCCUUUAGCGUUUUCAAGAUAAAAGGUGACUUGGUGACCAGACACCAUGGAUCCAAACAUCUAUGUGAUGGUUCUGGACACCCUGAACCGGGCCACAAGUCAGGACGCCGAGGUGCUGAAGCCGGCUGAGAAGAAGCUUCAGGAAUGGGAGAUAGAGCCCGGUUUCUAUUCUGUUCUCUUGGACAUAUUAUCAAACCAUUCCAUUGACGUAAAUGUUCGCUGGUUAGCAGUGAUGUGUUUUAAAAAUGGCAUCGACCGGUACUGGAGACGUAAUGCCCCAAAUGCCAUAUCAGAAGAGGAGAAACAGAAGCUAAGACAAGGGCUGCUCACAACGAAUAUACUCGGGGAGCCGGUUGCACAGAUUGCCACACAACAGGCAGUUUUGAUCUCGAAAAUAGCUAGGUUUGAUUGCCCAAAUAACUGGCCCAGUUUAGUGCCGGAUUUGGUGUGUGCUCUUAAGGCGCCACAGCCCCUAGUGCAACACCGAUCAUUGCUGAUCUUCCAUCAUGUCGUCAAGGCAUUGGCUUCUAAGAGGCUCAUUGGGGAUCGGAGGACAUUCCAAGAACUAACUAACUCAGUAUACGCGUUCAUACUAAACCUGUGGCAUGAGAACACAGAGUUGUUCCUGCGCCAUAUACAAGAGGGGGCUACAACGGCGCUCAUAACAGAACACCUGGAGAAAGCGCUACUCUGCCUUCGUAUACUGAGGAAGUUAACAGUUUUCGGAUUUAAGAAAGCGCAUGAAAGCCAAGACGCUGUGGCGUUUCUGAAUGUGGUGUUUGACCGAGCUAAGACCAGUUUGGAAUGCCGCAAGCUACUGAAAGGACGAGGCAUAUAUCCGCUGGAGCUCUGUGAGAAGUUCAUCAUCCACUUGACCAAAGUGGCGCUUGGUGUUUUGGGCUUCCAUCCGUUUUCUUAUGUGCCUCUAAUCCGACCUUCUUUGGAGUUCGCGCUCUAUUACUGUUUCACGGAACAAGGCAUGUCAUUGAUAUAUGAAAGGUUCACGAUUCAAUGUUUGAAUAUAGUGAAAGGAAUAUUGCAAUGCGUUGAGUAUAAACUGCCUAAAGGGGUCGACCAGGUUUCUGAUCCGUUGACUUUACAAGCCCACCAAAUAAAAAUGGAAGUUCUUGACCAAAACACCGUGUGCCACAUGUGUCGCCAUCUAGUGACGCACUACUUCUUACUAAGCUCCGAUGAUUUAGCUCUAUGGGACGCCGAACCAGAGAGUUUCGCCAUAGACGAGGCCGGGGAAUCUUGGAAGUAUAGUCUUAGGCCAUGCACCGAAGCCUUAUUCAUGGAGUUGUUCCAAUUUCGAAACGUUCUCGCGCCGGAAUUGGUUCGUCUGUUGGCGUCGCUGCAGCAAGGACCAAUCACGCCCGACGAUUUGAACGCCAUAUUGAAGAAGGACGCCAUUUAUAAUGCCGUUAGGUUGGCAGCAUUCGAUCUGUAUGACGACGUGGACUUUGACGAAUGGUUUACAAAUGUAUUGAGCCAGGAAUUAAAAAUGAAAGAUAAUAACUAUAGAAUAAUAAGGAGAAGAGUCUGCCAGCUUAUAGGAAUUUGGUGUGGAGUUCGCGCCUCACAAUCACUCAGGCCAGCUAUGUACGAAGCGCUUAUAGCGCCAUUAACACAAUCCGACGAAGAUCCAGCGGUCAAACUUGCAGCCGCUGAAGCGCUUAGAAGCACGAUAGACGAUUUCAAUUUCGACGUCGAACAAUUUGCGCCUUACGCUCCGCACGCGAUUGCAGCGCUUUAUGAUUUAUUGGUGGAAUCGGAAGAAUGUGAUACGAAAAUGCACGUGUUACACGUGGUGUCGUACGUGAUGGAGCGCUGCGGGGCGCACGUGGCCCGCAGCGGCGGCACCGGGGCGCUGUUCGCCUACCUGCCGCAGCUGUGGCAGCACGCGGCCAGCCACAACAUGCUGAGGGCUGCUGCUUUGUCCGCUACUGUGCAUUUACUCAAGGCAAUAGGCGAAUGUUCGCCGAACGUUCGCCCCUGGAUCGUGAGCGUGGUGAACGAAUCCACCCGCCUAUCAGAACCAGCUCAUGUUUAUCUGUUAGAAGACGCCUUGGAGUUGUGGCUUGCGAUAUUGGAGACUUCGCAAGCGCCCGACCCGCCAUUGUUGUCGUUGGCUGAAAACCUGUGCCCUAUAUUAGAACAGUCUACAGAACAUCUCCGAAUAGUCGUAUAUAUAAUGCAAGCAUACACUCUAUUAUGUCCUGAAGAAUUCCUUACCGGUGCUGGUGGGAAAUGUAUGGCAUUACUUGAAGAUAUGCUCAGUGAUAUGAGGAUCGAAGGUGUUAUAACUGUUCUCAAAAUGGCGGAGAUUUGCAUCAGCGUCACGUUCCCGGAGAGAAACGCCUUCUUAGGAGUCAAAGUCAUUUGGCCUAUUAUAAUUAGGGUUAUACACUGCCUACUAGAAAGUGACGAUCUCCCAAUGGUCCUGUCGGUGCAGCUGUCUCUAGUGUCGAGGGUUAUUCUGCUAUCGUCCGAUCUCUUCUACAAAGCGAUACAGGAAGCCGCCAGCAACUGCGCUGAGUAUGACCGGGAUCCGGGGAAAGUACUCAAUAGGUUUCUUCAAGUAUGGACUGAGAAUAUGAAUUUGGUUACACAAGUCGAGAGGUGGAAAGUAGUGGGUUUAGGAUUAGCGGCUUUACUGACGACGCAAAACGCAACAGUACUGGAGCGCUUUCCAGCGAUACUCCUCAACUUGACCGAGGUGUUAAAUGACGUCAUGAAGUCUGAAGACAACGGCACUUACAUUGACGGUCUGGUGGCCCCGCCCGGGUCCCGGCCCGCGUCCCCGCUGGAAGGGCGCGGCGGCGCGGCGCGCUGGGAGGAGGGCGGGCGCGCGCGCGCGCUGGACGCGCCGCACGCGCCGCACGAGCUGCGCAGGCGCAGGCUCGCCGCCGCGCAUCCCGCCCGCGUCAUCGACCUGCGCGCCGUCGUGCACCACCAGUUGGAAACAUUAAAAGUCCAAGUUGGCGCGGAAACCUUCGAGCGGCUGAUACAAGCGACUGACCACGAAACACUGCAACAGAUAAGGGAAUAUGUACCUCUUUGAAUUGUGACGCAGCGUUUGUUAUGACGGUAAUUAGCUUUCGAAGAUAUCGGAAGUAUAUAUUAUUUUAUUCGAACAACAUACAGUCAAAUAAAUAAAGGUGUAUAUUUAUGAGCCUAUUGAUUUAUAUAUUCUCGCAUGUAAGGUGCUAAGAAGCUUGAAUACUUGAUGAGGUCCUAACUAGCUUAAGGUCUAAUGCUGGCUACACACUAUCCGCGAACAGCUCGCUAAACUUUGGCUGAUACAAUCGGUAUACAUUGCAGAUUUUACAUUGGGGUAAAUAAAAUUGCUGAUACAAACUGUUCAAGUCUUAGAGUUCGGCGAUAGUGUGAAGCCUACAUAUGAGUCGUUGAAACAAAUCUUAGAGGCUGUAAAAUAUAUAUACACAUUGACUGCUGAAAACUGACGCAAAUAUCUGCCUUAAUUUUACUAUAAUAGGAUUCAAUUUCAAGUGAUACAAUUUAGCGAGGUAAUAGAGAAAGCCUGGGGGCAGAUGUCUCUAACGAGCUCCUUUUCUAAGAGUGAGGGAGAGAGAGAGAGAGAGAGAUGUGCUCAGCCCAGUAAUCAAUAGAGUAGGAAAGUGGACCUGGGGCGCCGUCGAAUUCGCUGAGGAUGCAAAUGUAAAAACGCUCAGAUGUGUAUGUGAGAGAGACCAUAAUGGCAUAAUAAAUCGUAUAUUUUUUUCAAUAAUUUAAAAUUAUUAUCUUUUAAUUUUUUUUUUCGAUUGCAAUCACGUUCGAUGUAUUUUUAACCAACUUCAAAAGAGGAGGUUCUGAAUUUCGUCGCGAUCUUUUAUUGUUUUUUUCCUAUUCUGAUCUCUUCGAAAGCAACUAAAUUAAGCAAUUUAAUCUAUGUUUAUAUUUAUUGUACUGUACAUUUUGUAAUGCAUGUCCAUUGUUUAUACUGUCGAUAUAUGAUUUAAAAUGUUGAUUCGCUAUGCGAUGUGAUGAUAACAAAUAUAGAGGUUAAUUAAUUUGAUUAUUUUUUUGUUUAUUUUUCUCAUACCCAUUAUUUGUUUCUACAUGGAGUGCAGAUAGUUUUGGAAACUAUUAAGCUAAGGCACAAGCGUUUAAACAUUUUUAGUAGAAAAUAUAUAAAAAAUCAGUAGAAAAAAAGAGAAACUUAAAAUUAUUCAUCGGAUAUUGUCAUUUUAAAACAAUUUUUUUUCUGCACUAACUUUAUAAUCGAUUCUCGUACCACGACUCACUUUUAUAUUGAUCAUUAUAUAAAAAAGUACAUACAUUUUACAUUGAUUUUAUUAAUUUCAGUUUUGCACCAUUUUCAUUUUUUUUGCAAUCGAUAUUUGUAACGUUCACAUUUGUCGAUAUUCAUGGCGUUUUAAUAUCCAUUAUGUGAUUUCAAAUUAAGUACAUUCAGUCUCAAUUAUACUUGAAGACGAGGUUAUAUCAAAAUAAAAAUAAUUUUACGACCAGCCGCCUGCCUGACGUCAACCCUCCUAACUUCCACGGGAGGAUAUGAAGUGGUCUUAUUCUAGGGCGGAACCACACGCCACAUCGCUAUCCUUAAAAUGUUUGUAUUGAAUUUGAUGUCACAAUCAUUAUUCAUUGUCACCAUCAUUAAUUUCACACUUAAUACACUACACAAAUAUAAUGUGUGAAAAUAUGUGUGAUAUACUAAUACAACAUUUUCCUAUACUUAUAAGGCUUUUAUGAAAUUAUUGUUAUGUACUUGUACUGUAUUAUAUUCGUAUAAAAACGACAAGAUCGAAGAAAUAUGGAUAUUGAAUUUAAAAAAUGAGCCAUAAAAUAGUAGCAAUUGAGCAUAUUUAUUUACUCAUUAGGGUUCGAAUGAAAAAGACAAGGAGCUAACGUAGCCACAUGAGAUAGAAUAUACAAUACGAUGGCGGUAGUACAUGCACAACAUAGUCGCUCUUUCUAAUUCAUUUUCAUUGUCACGAGUGAAAUAGCACAUCGUCGAUCUCACUCAUGUAAAUUGUAAUGAAAAGAACGAUAUAUUGCGCGUCAAAUGUUCUAUAGAGUAAUCGUGGCUAAAUUUUAAUGAAAAUUAAAGAACGCUGUGAUGCCGUCAAAUGUUCUCUAGUGUAAUCGCGGCACAUGAUGUGAGACAAUAUAUUAGCGCUCUAUCUUUCUCCUCGUGUAUUUCUAAUACGAAUAUUAGAAAUACACGAGGAGAAAGACGUAACGACGUUAGAAAUAGACGAAGAACAGAAGCGAACUUCUGUUAUCUGAGCGAAAUGGAAAAUAUGACGAAAUGUUUUCUCUUUCGACGGUUUGAAAGGUUUACAAACAGACAUGGGUUUACCAAUUAUACGCUGUGUUUGCUUUUCGGAAAUAAAGUCAAGUACUGUGGGCGAAGUGCGUCCAACCAAUCACAUUUUGCACCAUUGUGACGCAACGACAACCACACUGCAAUGUGAUUGGUUCGCUGCGUCUCGCUUCGAAUCGAUUCGAUGGUGGGCGUAAACCCAUUUUACAAGUACAUAAGAAUAUUUAAAUUAAGACAUAUAACGCACGCUUUACUUCCAAUGUUUUCUCAUGCGUUUCGACUAAGUCGGCUUGCAUUAAAAAUAAAAUAAAAUAAGCCUUCAUUGCUGUUUCCAGUGUUUACUACAAUACAUUAUUUAUUUGAUUUACUCAUAUAUUAUAUCGUGAUUUAUUUAUCGAAUUCGAAAUAGGCAUCGUCGUAUAUGUCGGCUUCAUUGAAUGAAAUUGAACACCAGUCUUCCAUCGGUGCCUAUUUACUGAUAAUAUGUGCAUAGUCAAAACAUAAAAAAUCGAAAUCCAAAAUUUAUCCAAAAUCAUCUAUAAUAAUUGAUUAUAAUACUUGGAGUGUGCCACCUGACUACUACGCUUCAUAGUAAAGGUAGGUUCAGUGCAGCGGUUCACACAAAGUCGAUUUUCAUUAAUUAAUUCUGGCAAUUCUUUUUUAUUUAUAUAGUUUUUGCCUAUGCCAGGGUCAUUGCACGCGAGAGCGUGAGAACACGAUAAACUAUGAAUUGGAGAAGAAUGAUAAUAGGUCAUGGCCCACCUGCUCCUGGAUGCUUGGAACUAAUCUAAUGAUUCGCUGGUUUUUUUGUCAUGUCCAAAUGGCUCGGUCUUAAAUUCAAUCAGUUGAAGUUUUCAUUAUUUUAUAGAAAAUAUUAUUUGUGAAAAUUAUUACAACAAUAUUAGUUAUAUAUUUCCGUAUUGCUUAAACAUUGUUUAGUGCCAAAAUGACAAAAUGAAUAUUUUAUCUCAGUCUUUCAAUUAAUGCCAAAAGUAUUUCUUUAUGCAAGUCGACUUAAGUUUAAUAAAUAAAUCAAUCAUAAAAAUAAAGGCCCAAAUUGCCGGCUGUACUUUCAUCUGCCUUAAAUAAUUAGGUAAUAAAGCGUUUUAUAAAUAUCAGUUAAUGUAAUAUAGACACAUAAUAAUAUCUAAUUAUUCUAUAUAUAAUAAAUAUGAAAUAUGACAACGAUUUUCGUAGUAAUAGCUAAAAUGUUCCAUUCGUAUUAUAUACAAUGUUAUACAUAUUAGGACUCAUGUAAAAUUUCGCUAAACAUUAUGUCUCAGACAGGGCCACCCGCACAGUAGAGCCUCCAUAACAUUUUAAUUUCUUUUAAUUUAGCGAAAACUCUGUGAGAUAAAGUAUAGUUUCGUAAAAACUAUUCUACAUUUAGCCGAACUGGCAUGGUCUCGAGCACUGGUCAAGAGCACUGUCCCGAAUAAACGGGGGCGCGGGUUCAAUUCCCGCUCGAUACCAGAAUUUUUUCAUCUCAUUAUUAUUUUCAAAAAUAAGUUAAAAAGCAUGUGUGACGCAUGUAUAACAAAACCAAUUAGGUAUAUAAAACUAGUAUUGAUAAAAUUGUAAUGUUGGCGCUAGUGUCCGGGUUGGUUAGUCUUAAUAAAAUUCGUAAUGUGAUAGUCAUAUAGACGCAAUACUAUAGGUAAACUAAAACUAUGAGCUCCUUUCUGCGCUUUUCUAUAAGGUCUAGACUCGCACAUCAUAGUACCAAAUGCGGUACCAAAAAUUUAAUAUAAUUAUAGUAUGUGGAUUGGAGGACUGAUUAAUUUUGAAAAUCUGAAUGUUAAAGUAAAAAAAUAAAGCUUUGAGCAAGGCGGGCGGUGUUUAAGCACUGUUAAACAUUACUAUUACGUCUGUGGUGUGUUUGAUACAUGAUGGAGUUAAAAUAUUAUUAAACUUAAUUAUGAUCAUUGACUGCUACGCUUAUGAAAGUGAUUCCAUGUGUGUUGGAGCGUGUGCCAUUUUGUACUGUUGUGUCAGAAUUCAUACUAUUAUUUAAUAGUACUAUAAGGGUCCGGCUCGAUUGCUCCGUCGUGCGUCGGUGCAUCGACGCAUCACGUUGCCGCUACGUUGUUUUCCAUAGGUUUGACAAUGACAUUGACAAUGACAUGUGUCGAAACUUAUUUUCUGCCUUGAUACGUCGACGGACGUCAACGCAACGGAGGACGACGCAGCAAUGGGGCCGGGCCCUUAUACAUGUAUACACACAUAUAUAUCUUCGUUUGAGAAGUUAAUUUGAAUAUAUAAAGGUAUAUUAAUAUACUAAUUAUACCCAUACAAUAUUUCAUUAAUAUUUAUUUCUAUUCCUUAUUAAUUAAAUAAUUUUUACUUAUUAUAAUUAGGGAAACAGGUCCUUAACACCCUGACGUGCGUUACCUGCGGCAGUGGACAUCAAUUCAUAAAUUUUAAUUAUCACUACGAAUACAUAGUAAUUAUGAAAUAGUUACUGAAUACAUGAAUAAAUAACCUUUCAAAGUAAUACAAUCAGAUGAGUUAUAAAAUUAUGAUAAAUUUAUUUGAUUCCUGUUUUUAAAUAAAGUCUUGUUUGUUCCUAAUUAAAAGAAAAAUACUAUGACUUAUAGUGUGAUUCUGUGGUGUGUUUAUGAUAGGGAUGAGUGUAUACGAAGUGUUUGCAAUAAUAUUUCAUUAAAAAUGUAAAUCAUCUAGUUGUAAGAUGUUGAAAUACAAUUAUUUUUUGUG